UAAAACGACUACCGGCGAAUAACAAUGGCUGCUUCUUCUUCAAGAUUGGAUGAAUUAUGCAGCUCCAUUAAUACCUCAUCAUCUUCUUCAUUAUCUUCGUCGUCUACGCGCGCUCCAAGCUUCUUAAGAAUCGAAUAGCUAGAGACUGCUGCACUUAAGGGUUUCUAGCGUUUUGGUUUAGUAGAUUGCGAGUCUAUAUUCUAGUAUAAGAAUGCAGGAGAAUCUUCCUCCAGGGUUCAGAUUCCAUCCUACAGAUGAAGAACUGAUUACGUAUUAUCUCGGUCGCAAGGUUUCUGAUGUUAGUUUCACAUCACAAGCCGUAGCUGUUGUCGAUCUCAAUAAGUGCGAACCUUGGGACCUCCCAGGCAAGGCAUCUAUGGGAGAGAAAGAGUGGUACUUCUUCAACUUGAGAGACCGGAAAUACCCAACUGGACUUCGGACCAACCGAGCCACAGAAGCUGGGUACUGGAAGACAACUGGAAAAGACAAAGAGAUACUUCGUCAAGGUGUACUGGUUGGGAUGAAGAAGACCCUAGUUUUCUACAAGGGUAGAGCUCCAAGGGGUGAGAAAACCAACUGGGUCAUGCACGAAUACAGACUAGAAAACAAGCACCACCCCUUCAAAUCCUCAGCUUCAAAGGAAGAAUGGGUGGUUUGUAGGGUGUUUCAGAAGAGCAUAGCAUUGAAGAAACCACAGCAAAUGACGUCUUCCUCACCGCAAUCUGUCGAUUCACCAGGCGAGACAAACUCAAUGGUAAAUGAAUUUGGAGACGUGGAGUUGCCAAACUUUAUGAACAACGUUGCAAAUUCAUCUAGCCCUGGGUUCAUCAGCAACAUGUCAAUUCCACAAGGCAACAAUUACAACAUUAUUGAUAGUAAGAUGAUCAAUAAUGAUGUUAACAUGAUGAACACUACUUUAAACAUGAAUAAUUGGCUCGGGGCGAGAGAGGCAGCGGCUAGUGGUGCUAUUCUUCCGGCAGCAGCACUCGGAUCAUGGCCAUCUAGCUUGCUAAGUCCCUCGAAUCUUUCGUCGGUGAACUCCUUGCUACUAAGGGCAUUACAACUUAGGAGUAACAGUGCUAGUACUAAUAGUACCAUCUAUCAACAACCGAUUAGAUCAGAUGAUGCAGCAGCUGGUCUGGAAGAUCAUUACUCAUCUUUCAUGGAGGCGCAACAACAACAGCAACGGCAGCCUGGAUUAAUGUCUCACUUUGGCACUGAUCAUAACAUGAAUUCGUCGAAUGUGCAAGCUUCAUCAUCAUCUAAGGAUCAGAUCAUGGAUUCCAUGCCGCAGUCACAACAGCAUCUGGAGCAACCAUUCAACUUGGACUCCAUUUGGUGAAGUUGCACGAUCACCAAAUAUCUCAUGAGCUAGCUAACAUCUUAAACGACAAUUUUCGACCGUAUGUUAAUCCGAAUACGUACGUAUAUGAAAAAAAAAAAGAAAGAAAAGAAAGAAAGGAAGUAUGACUCAGUAGUACAGCGACUUCAUUCUCUCUCGUUCACCUUAAUUACCACGCAUAUAAAAAAAAACUGUGUAAUAAUGUUUAUAUGUAAGCUGGUGUUGUUAAUUAAGUAGCUAGAAAUGCGCAAUUAAGUAUAACUACAUGCAUGCCAUUACGC